AAACGGAUAAACAUUUAGAUCCUUAUCCAUACAAGUAUAGUAUUUGGAAGGUACUGGAAGCAUCUAGUGAGGCUACUCAAGGCGAGCCCACUGUUUCGCAUUCUCCUGGUUUUCUUUUCAUUUUCUAUUAAUUAAAACCACUCUUCUGUCUCAUUUUACAUCUUCAUUCUCUAAAACCCUAACUAUCUAGCACAGCCAUGGACGCCAAAAAGCUCAGCGAAUUGAAGCAAUUCAUCGAACAGUGCAAAGCCAAUCCUUCUAUUCUCAGCGAUCCUUCUCUCUCGUUCUUCCGAGAUUAUCUCGAAAGUGUUGGUUGUAAGCUUCCUCAGUCUGCUUACAAAUCGGGAGAUCACAAACCGGCGUAUGAGGUGGAUGAUAGCGAUGAGGAUGAUAUGGAUGAGGUGAAGGAGACCGGAGGAGUGCCGGUUUAUGAAGAAGAGGAUGAGAUUGUUGAAUCUGAUGUUGAACUCGAAGGAGAGACUGUUGAGCCUGAUAAUGAUCCUCCACAGAAGAUGGGAGAUUCGUCUGUUGAGGUUAGUGAGGAGAAUAUGGAUGCUGCUCAAGAGGCCAAGGGGAAGGCUAUGGAAGCUAUAUCUGAAGGUAACUUUGAGGAAGCAAUUGAGCACCUUACGCAGGCUAUCUUGCUCAACCCUACAUCAGCUAUAAUGUAUGCCACUAGAGCGACUGUUUACAUCAAGAUGAAGAAACCCAAUGCUGCUAUUCGAGAUGCCAAUGCUGCUUUGGAGAUUAAUCCUGAUUCUGCGAAAGGCCACAAAUCUCGGGGAAUGGCACGGGCAAUGCUUGGCCAGUGGGAAGAUGCUGCCAAAGAUCUACAUGUAGCUUCUAACAUAGACUAUGAUGAGGAGAUAAGUGCUGUACUCAAGAAGGUGGAACCUAAUGCUCACAAAAUUGAGGAGCACCGAAGGAAAUAUGACAGGCUGCGGAAGGAGAGGGAGGACAGAAAGGCUGAACGUGAAAGACAGCGACGUAAAGCUGAAGCUCAGGCUGCUUAUGAAAAGGCAAAGAAGCAAGAGAAGGCAUCAUCAAGUAGAGGAUCCGGAGGGAUGCCUGGUGGAAUGCCUUUUCCUGGUGGCAUGCCUGGAGGCUUUCCUGGUGGGAUGCCCGGAGGCUUUCCUGGUGGCAUGCCCGGUGGUUUCCCUGGUGGCAUGCCUGGAGGGUUUGGUGGCAUGCCUGGCGCUGGUGGUAUGCCGGGUGGCAUGCCUGGUGCUGGUGGUAUGCCAGGUGGCAUGCCUGGAGCUGGGGGUAUGCCUGGAGCCGGGGGUAUGCCUGGUAACAUGGAUUAUAGCAAAAUAUUAAAUGACCCUGAGUUGAUGGCAGCAUUUAAGGAUCCUGAAAUCAUGGCUGCUCUUCAAGAUGUGAUGAAAGAUCCAGCGAAUCUUUCAAAGCAUCAGUCGAACCCUAAGGUGGCUCCCAUAAUUGCGAAGAUGAUGAGCAAAUUUGCUGGCCCAAAGUGAUCACCCUUUUCAGACUCUGGAUAGCAAUAUAGCAUUGUUAAUCUUGAAUGUUCUUAACUUUUUCUUUUUCACGAGGUUAAAUUGGGUUGUGAUGAAUUGGUUAUACUGGAGGUGGAUCUUAACUGUUUUGAAGUUAAUUGAACAAGUUACUCAGUGUUACAGAGCUUUUGCUGUAUAAUACAAUUUCGAUGUUAAAGAUGGAUAUAAAGGGUCCAUUUUGUUGUGAUA